AUGCUUAGAGCUUUUAAAAGUGCUAUUCCACGCACAACUAUAAAAAGAAUACCUAGAAUAUCUACCAUUUCAUCUAUAUCAUCAAUAAAACAAAUUAGAUGUUUAGCUACAGAUACUUUUUUACAAGGUAACAAUUCAAAUUAUGUUGAUGAAAUGUAUCAACAAUGGAGAGAAGAUCCUUCAUCAGUUCAUGCAUCUUGGAAUUAUUAUUUCAAAAACAUAGAAAAUAAUAACAUAGAACCAUCAAAGGCAUUUCAAGCACCACCAACUAUUGUUCCAACUGUUUCAGGAGGUGCAGCUGGUUUUGUUCCAGGUCAAUCUGGUGUAAGCAAUGAUGAUGUUGUUACACAUUUAAAAGUACAAUUAUUAGUUAGAGCUUAUCAAGUUCGUGGUCAUCAAAAGGCAAAAAUUGAUCCAUUAAAUAUAACUUUUGGAGAUAAUGGUGAAGUACCAAAAGAAUUAACAUUAGAUUAUUAUAACUUCUCAAAAGCAGAUUUAGAUAAAGAAAUUACUUUGGGACCUGGUAUAUUACCAAGAUUUGCAACUGAAGGUAAAAAAACAAUGACCCUUCGUGAAAUUAUUAAAACUUGUGAAGAUUUAUAUUGUUCAUCUUACGGUGUUGAAUAUGUUCAUAUCCCAUCAAAAGAACAAUGUGACUGGUUAAGAGAAAGAAUUGAAAUUCCAAAACCAUUCAAAUACUCACAAGAUCAAAAAAGACAAAUAUUAGAUCGUUUAAUUUGGGCGACUUCAUUUGAAUCAUUUUUAUCAACAAAAUUUGCAAAUGAUAAAAGAUUUGGUUUAGAAGGUGCUGAAUCUGUUGUCCCAGGUAUGAAAGCAUUAAUUGAUACUUCUGUUGAAUAUGGAGUUGAAGAUAUUGUCAUUGGUAUGCCACAUAGAGGUAGAUUAAAUAUGUUAUCAAAUGUUGUACGUAAACCAAAUGAAUCCAUUUUUUCAGAAUUUACAGGUUCAAGAGAAUUUGAUGAAGGAUCAGGAGAUGUUAAAUAUCAUUUAGGUAUGAAUUAUGAAAGACCAACCACAUCCGGAAAACAUGUUAAUUUAUCAUUGGUUGCUAAUCCAUCACAUUUAGAAGCUGAAGAUGGUGUUGUUUUAGGUAAAACCCGUGCUAUUCAACAAUACAAAAACGAUGUUGGAGAAUUUAAAAAAGCAAUGUCCGUUUUAUUACAUGGUGAUGCCGCUUUUGCAGCUCAAGGUGUUGUUUAUGAAACUAUGGGUUUUGCUAAUUUACCAGCAUAUUCAACUGGUGGUACCAUUCAUAUUAUAGUAAAUAAUCAAAUUGGGUUCACAACUGAUCCAAGAUUUGCAAGAUCAACUUUAUAUCCAUCAGAUAUUGCCAAAUCUAUUAAUGCCCCAAUUUUCCAUGUAAACGCAGAUGAUAUUGAAGCUUGUACUUUUAUAUUUAACUUAGCAGCUGAAUGGAGAGCUACUUUCCAUACUGAUUGUAUUAUUGAUGUUGUCGGAUAUAGAAAACACGGUCAUAAUGAAACUGAUCAACCAAGUUUCACUCAACCAUUAAUGUAUAAAGAAAUUGCAAACAAAAAAUCAGUCAUUGACAUUUAUGCCAAACAAUUGAUUGAUGAAGGUACUUUCACAGCUGAAGAUAUUGAAGAACAUAAGAAAUGGGUUUGGAAUAUUUUGGAAGAAUCAUUUUCAAAAGCUAAAGAUUAUCAACCAACUUCAAGAGAAUGGUUAACUACUCCAUGGGAAGAUUUUAAAUCACCAAAAGAAUUAGCUACUGAAGUAUUACCACAUUUCCCAACUGGUGUUGAUAAAGAAACUUUAGAAAAAAUUGGGGUUGCAAUGUCAGAAGUACCAGAAGGAUUUGAACUUCAUAGAAAUUUAAAACGUAUAUUAAAUCAAAGAAAGAAAACAGUUGAAACUGGUGAAGGAAUUGAUUAUGCAACUGGUGAAGCAUUAGCUUAUGGUACAUUAGCAUUAGAAGGUUAUCAUGUAAGAGUUUCAGGUCAAGAUGUUGAAAGAGGUACAUUCUCUCAAAGACAUGCAGUAUUACAUGAUCAAAAAUCAGAAAAGACAUGGACACCUUUAAGUAAUUUAAGUGAAGAUCAAGGUGUAUUCAGUAUAUCUAACUCAUCAUUAUCAGAAUAUGGUGUUUUAGGGUUUGAAUAUGGUUAUUCAUUAACUUCACCAGACGCUUUGGUUGAAUGGGAAGCUCAAUUUGGUGAUUUUGCAAACACUGCCCAAGUUGUUAUUGAUCAAUUUAUUGCAGGUGCCGAAUCUAAAUGGAUGCAAAGAUCAGGGGUUGUUUUAUCAUUGCCACAUGGAUAUGAUGGUCAAGGUCCAGAACAUUCUUCAGGUAGAAUUGAAAGAUAUUUACAAUUAUGUAAUGAAGAUCCUAGAUAUUUCCCAUCACCAGAAAAAUUAGAACGUCAACAUCAAGAUUGUAACAUGCAAGUUGCUUAUCCAACAACUCCGGCAAAUAUUUUCCAUUUAUUAAGACGUCAAAUGCAUAGACAAUUUAGAAAACCAUUAAUUUUAUUCUUUUCAAAAUCAUUAUUACGUCAUCCAUUAGCAAGAUCAAAUAUUGAAGAAUUUACUGGUGAUUCACAUUUCCAAUGGAUUAUCGAAGAUGUAUUAGGUGAGAAAUCAGAAGUUAAAAGAGUUGUAUUGUUGACUGGUCAAUUAUAUGCUGCAUUACAUAAAAAGAGACAACAAUUAGAUGAUAAAACCACUGCUUUUAUAAAGAUUGAACAAUUAAAUCCAUUCCCAUUUGCUCAAUUAAGAGAUGCAUUAAAUUCAUAUCCAAAUAUUGAAGAUUUAGUAUGGGCACAAGAAGAACCAUUAAAUAUGGGUGCUUGGUCAUUUGCAGUACCAAGAGUAGAAGCAGUAUUAAAAGAAACUGAUAAUUACAAGGAUUUGAAAAUGAGAUAUGCUGGUAGAGAUCCAAGUGCUUCAAUAGCUGCUGGUACAAAAGCAAAACAUUUAGCAGAAGAAGAAGAAGUUUUAGAAGAAGUAUUUAAUUAA